AUCCGGUGAGAUUUGGAGUUUUGCCCAAGAGGAAGAAAGGCCGUGGCCGUCUGAUUGGCAAUUGCAGCAAACGACAAAAGCCAAAAUGAUGGAAUCUGAAGACAUGACCCAUUUGAAUUGGGUUUUUCCAAGAGUCUCGCCAGUGCAUAAACAACUGUGUUGACUGUGUCGUGUUCGCACGAUUGACGACUAUAAACAGAGGUGUAAUUUGAUAUGUUUUCGGGUAGGAGCACAACGUAGGACCCAUUCUGGAUGUAUCAAAUCACAUUUUUAUCUUUUUUAACGAUAUGCAAAAAAAUAAAAUAGAAAAAAAAUAUGAGAGAAAGUCUGAAAUGUCACAAAAUUAAAACUAAAAUCGUUAUGGCCCUGUUUAUACUGUACAUUGUCUGACUGACACCAGCCACAACGGAACCGCUACAUCAUUAUUGUUGCGAUUGUCUUCUACUGCUAAAUCCUUUUCUGAACUAAUUUGCCGGCCUAAUAAGAUCCGUCACAGCCCAUAGCGUAUCACCCACUCGGGUUCUACUUGGUCUGAAAUUAGCAGCUAUUUUUAUUUUAUUAUUAUUAUUUCAAUCUGAUCUAAUGCUGCACAAAAUCCUUAUCAGAUGCGGUUGUUUACGUGACGUGUUACUUUCUGGUGAAUUCAAAGUAGUAGCGGAACUGCCGCUGUAUGACGCUAUCUAAUAAUGUGAUAGCAUGCUACAAAUGUUUCUUGUGUUUCAUCUUGAUGCUAUCUAUUAUUAAUGUUCAUACAUCCAGUGCACAUACUAAGACAUCGUCCAAUAAACAAUAAAACAAAUCGGAAAUUGUAACAAAAUUCGCAUUUCUUCGACAUUUUAGCACCAGCAGUAGCACUCAGCAACAGGGAACAGGCCCAACAACAGCGCCGCUGCGGCAGGCCAACAGUUGCCAUUUUGGAAAACCGACAGCUUUGGCUGGUUGCAUAUCAUGGCGCUGUCUUUAAAAAUGGCAGAUAACAAAGAAUCUCACGUACUUAGAGACGAAGUCAAAUCAAAUUCACUUUUAAAUGCUAUUCUACCUAUUGAUGUUAUUUUAGAAACUCAGAAUACUAUGAUGGCAACACAUUUUUCCAAAAGUCCUUAUUGGCAAUCUUUGUUGAUCAUUGGUCAAAGUCAAGUUCAAAGAAAUGGGUUGUUGUUUCAAGCUGCACUUACUCAUGCAUCUUUGGAUAAACAGAUUAUGUAUGUAAUGACAAAAGAAUUCACCCGGAUCCCUCCCACCACACACAGCCUUCCAAACGUGGAAACUGGAAAUAUGGCAAAUAUCACUUUUAAAUAUUGCCAAGAAAUGAAGAGCCUUGAAGAGUUGCUUAUAGGUUUCUGCACAAUACCUAAUGAGCUCUUACCUGAUGUCCUUGUUGUGAAUGGUUUGAAUGAAUAUAAAAGAGGAAAGGGCCCACUUUCUCAAUUCCACUAUUCCAGCAUUUUGUCUCUUCUAUCGGAAACAGCUGAAUACAUUGGAAGAAGGAAAAAGACAACAAUAAUGCUAUAUGUGAGUUUGAGUUUGCUCUUGGCAGUAACUGUAGAAGAACAAAAACCCUGGAUAGAGCUUUUUAAGCAAUGGGCUCAUGAAGUGUGGAUCUUGGAGGGGAAUUCAAAUCGAUUAGUGAGUGGUAAUAUCCAUAUUCAAUUCACUGUCCUUGGCUCCAAUAUUUUCCUUAAAACUGUUUCAAAAAUAGAUUGAUUAUUCAUGUACAAUUCAGAAAAAUUACUAAACUGAUAAGAAAAUA